AUGGGCUCGCCUGCUGGCUCGAGCCAGUACAUUCUCUCUGCUGCACCGUCGAGCGACCGCUUUGCACAGCUCGCAGCACUCCGAAACGAGCUCAAAGAGGCGCAGGAUGCGGUGCUCGGCGCAGAGAACGCGACGGCCUUGCUUGCGGGUCCAGACGCACCGUUCUCGCACCUCGACCUCGAAGCGGUCUUGCGCGAGUUGGAGGAGAGCAGGAGAGCGAUUCCCAGGCUCGAACAGCGGAUACGAGACCUUGAGACGGAGAUUGCCGCAUCUCUCCCUGCGCCUCUCUCGCCUGCUCCGCCUCCCUUGUCAGCGGUAGCGAAUGGCUUCGCGCUGUCGUCGUCUGUCGAGGCAAACACCCCAACGAGCUUCGUCAGCUACGACGGGAGGAACAGUCAUGCCGGUUCGCCUGGUCCAGACGGCGACACCUUGCAAAACGUCCUCGACACCGUCAUCUCGCUUCUCGACCGACUAGGGCCCCUGGGCGAUGCGAAAGUCAUGGAACGGGCGCGGGCGAUGGACGAGCUGGUCGACCUGGUCGAGCGGCACGACCAGCUCAAGUACGAGCUGCGGCUGGAGGAGGAGACGUUGCGAAGCGUCAUGUCAUGUCUGUCGGACUCGGCGGGCAAAGACGUACGAGCUGCGACGUACCGAUUGCUGCGACAUCUGAUCGUCGACGCAAGCGACAUCCUCCUGCUCAACUCGCACCAUCUCCCGCUCUUCCUCAUCCGCUCACUCGCUCGCGAUUCGGCGCACGAACUGGAGAAAGAACACGCCCUCCGCCUAAUCCGCACCACCCUCCUGCACACCUCGCCAAAUUCGUACAUCCCCCUCUCUCACCACCCACCAACCGAACUCGGCGUCGAUAUUGAACCGCAAGAAGAACGGGAACAGGUCGUCCCGAUUGCGGUCAUGCGGGCUGUCGUGGCUGUUGCGGAGUCGGUCGAGGAGAAGCUGCGGCUUGCGGCCCUCGAGACGCUCGGCGAACUCGUGAUCACCAAUCUCCCCCUCCUCGUCUCAUGCGACGGCCUUCGCGUUGUCCUCCAGUGCCUCUCGGACGGACCGCACGACCUCGCCUCGUACCUCUCGCUUGGCUUCCUAGCGGCUGUGGACCACCCGAGCGAUCGGAGGUGGUUGAGACCGGGUGUGGAUGUCGAGAUCAUCCUCGCCGGCUUCACUGAGGUGACGGGCAAGUCGUCAGCGGUGGAAGAGCGCGUCAAAGCGAGCGCUGGGAUCGUUGCGACCUUCCUCAAGAGCUGGAGCGGGUUGUUCUAUCUCAACAUCCAUGGCCGACAAGCGCUCGUCUCGCUCGUGGAUUCGCUCUCGAACCCUUCUCAAGCCAUUCGAGAAACGCUGCUCGACAUGCUCUUCAGCGUCUUCAACGUCAAGAAUCCCUCGUCAAGCUCUCGACGCGGAGCCGCAUCGACACCACCGCAAGUCCGACCACCGCCCGGCAAGCGAAAAACGAACCUGCUCGACCAGUACCUCGCAAUCCUGUUGCUGGUCUUCACCGAAGCAGGCUUGAUCGACGGCCUCGCCUCCCUCGCCGCUGACCCGAAGGACCCCGUCACCGCCAACAAGGUCUCGCUCCUCAUCAGCGAAGUCCUUGACCUUGCCAACCGCGUCUUGCCCCCUAAUCACGCCGUGCGAGUACAGGCUCUGCCCAAGCUCUUUGCCUUGACAAGCUCGUUCGAUGCGAGUGACGGACGGAUGGCGUCGAGCUCGGCGUUGUUGACUGUCAAUUCGUUCGACCGGGACAGGCGGGUCGGGAUGUGCGCGCAGGCCGGCGGGAUGGAUGCAGUGAACGGGCGAACGAGAUCUGAUUCGAAGGCCGAAUCGUCUCGGCGGAAUCUCCAGCAACGACACCAAGUCGAGUCGUCGAAGCUCCGCAACGCGCUACAGAUGGACGACCUCACCUUCCGCAAUCUCCUCCUCGAGACCGAAGUCCUCUCGACGAAAGACGAGACGAAGUGGCAGUUUGAUCGGUUGCUCGAGAUCGUGGAAGGCCCGCUGCGGAACCCGAAGAGGCUUGAGGAGGUUGUCAGGGCAAGCAAGUGGAUGAGGAGGGUCGUCGACUUCUUCCGGCCGUUUGCGUUGCGGUACAGCGACCUGCCGAAGCAUGCGCUUACGAACAAGUGGACAACGCUCGGCUGCGCCCUGAUCUCGACGCUCCUCGCCAGUCCAGAAGGUACCGCGUACCUCGCCGAGGACAGGCUAAUCCGCCAGAUCGCCGAGGCGUUGUUCCAGCUCGACCCGAUGGGCAGCACCGGCGGCGUGGAGACGGUCUUCUCGCGGGAUCGCAUCGAAACGACCCUCGCAAGCGGCUACUUCGAGAUGCUCGGGGUGCUGAGCCGCAGCAGCGAGGGCAUCAAGCUGCUCGACCAGUCGCGCAUGUUCACGGCAUUCUACCGCGUCGCGGAGCUGCGCAACCGCGAGGACCUCGUCAAGCUGAUCGUCGACAACAUGGACUACUCGUGCGAUGGUCAUGCUCGCGUCUUUCUCUCGAAGGCGCUGACCUCGAGCUACAAGAACAUCCGCCUGUUCGCGACGGAUCACCUCGGCACGCUCCUCGACAUCGCCUCGCCAGUCUCGAACGCCCCCGGCACUUCUCGACGACCAGCAGCCGAAGAGUGGCAGGUCAGCCUCCUUGUCCAGCAGCUGUACGACUCGGCGUCAGAGGUCGUUCACCAGGCGGUCAAGGUGCUGGAGAAGGCCUGCGAGAACGAGGAGACGCUCGAAAUGGUUGUCGGGAUGCGGCCAGCGCUAGACUUGCUCGGCGAGGUCGGCGUGCCUCUGCUGAUCAAGUUCUUGUCAACGUCGGCUGGCGUGCGCUACCUUCACGAGAUCGACUUCAUCGAGCGAGAGCUGCACGACUGGUUUCAAGAACGGAACCUCCUGUACACGGUCGAGGUAGAGCUAGCGCUCGCUAUCGCGCUCAAGACCGAGGGCGGCGUACACUCUGCUGGCUCGCCCUUCGACGGCACUCCGCCGCCGCAUUUCUACGGCGAGCUCGUCAAGACGGACGAAGGCUGCGACAUCCUGCGGGACAGCGGACACUUUGACGACUUCGCGGCGAUCAUCUCGUUGCACGCCGAGUCCGACCUCGAUCAAGAAUUCAUCGAGACGCUCAAAAGCGUGCUCUGGGCGGUCGGCCACAUCGGCUCAUCCACUUCUGGCCUGAUGCUGCUCGACGACUUCGACGUCCUCGCCGACAUCGUUCAGAUCGCCGCCUUCUCUCCUGUCUACUCGCUCCGAGGUACUGCCACCUACGCCAUCGCCCUCAUAUCGUCGACGGAAGAGGGCGCCGAGAUGCUCGACGAGCUCGGCUGGGAGAGCGUCUCGACUCCGCUUUGCGGCCCGACCGGCAUCUGCGUGCCGAUGUAUCUUGGCGAUUAUCUCUAUACUCCUCUAUGGACGGCACCAGAGCCGCGACUGCCCGCUUCCCUCUCCCUCGCCACAUCCUCCUCGCACGUCGAACGCGAGAUCCUCGCCAGCCUCGCCAACCUCUCAAACCACAUCCUCGCGACGAAAGCUUCGAAGACGCUGGCGAAGCUCAAAGCUCGUCAUUCCUCCGCCUUCUCGUCGCCGGCGAUGGUGUACCGCGCCCUGCAGAUGCUCGGAGGGUACCACUACCGACUGACGGUGCGGCGGUACAUCCUCGACCUCUUCGACAUCCCAUUCGACAACUCGUCGGCCACACGCAUCGCGCAGGCCGGAGAAGACCUGCGGCGCAAGAAGGCGGCAGAGUUGGCUGGCGAGCGGGUCGCUGCGUCUCGCCCUGCGUCCCGGCCAGCGAGCGCGACUCGCACGCCGUCCUCCGCAAGCUCGACAAGUCGUGAACCCGGCCUCGCCUUCCGACCCGGCUCCUGGACGACGUCUGGCGCGGCAGCCGCCAACAUCCUCGGCGCGAUCGCAGGCGACGUUACAGAGGACGAAGAGUCGAGCGAGGACGAAGCCGAGACGACCAUCCCGGUGCAGGUCUUGACGCCCAUCAUCACGGUCAAGGGUUUCCUGUUGGCAUGA